UAUAAAACAAGAGCAGAGACUGACCUCGUAAACAGAAUGUUUUGCAAGUGUUAAUUGAUAGAUUAAAAUAUAAACCAGGCGCCUAUCCAAAAGGGAAUAUUGGUGCUCCUCAAAAUGAAGGGUCUUUUCCUGGUGGAGCCUAUUGUUGCACUGUACGCUUUCUCCAGUUUUCUCAUCUAUCCUCUUGUGCAGCAAUAUGUUUACCGGAGGCUCUGGCAGGAGCUGACAAACACAACCUAUCCCGUCUCUGCCAAUGCCUCCAGAUGUGCAGAAAACAGCAGCGCCGGCAGCAACCAUUCCAGCUUUCAUGAGGAGGUACAGAGGCAGGCAUCUCUCUUCUCCCUCUACACAAAUCUCUUCUCUGCAGUCCCCUCCUUGGUGGUCACCCUCAUGCUUGUGGCCUACAGCGACCGGGGAGGACGCAAGAUCACAAUCAUCACGCCUUUGAUUGGCACGUUGCUCUACACCUUGUCCUUCCUGGCGGUAUCCUACUUCGAGCUCAACAUUUACUUCAUCAUUGGCUCAUCGAUUCUCAGCUCUCUGUUUGGCGGCUUGGGCACAUUUCUGGGGGGCUGUUUCGCCUACAUAGCGGACUUGUGUGAGGAUGGUAGUCGCAAAACCCUGCGCAUGGCUGGAGUGGACAUGAUGAUUGGCCUGUUGUCGGGGGUGGCCUCGAUAUCAACAGGCUACUUUCUGAAAGCUGCAGGCUUUAAUUGGCCAUUCUUAACCUCUGCGUUGGUUCAGUGUUUUGUCCUACUCUAUGCCAUUUUCAUCCUUGAAGAGACUGUGAAAAAGGCUCCCACUGAUGCCAUUCUCCUAGAUGGGUCUCCUCAGGGCUCUGCGGUGAAACAGCUGAUCUACGGUAUCUACCACAUGUUUGCAGGGGCCAGCAGCAGGAGUAGAACUCUCUUGGUCCUCCUGAUACUCAUUUUCACCAGCUUCUCCUUCGCCUACGUGGGUGGUCUCUCCUUGAUGACACUAUAUGAGCUGAAUCAGCCACUGUGCUGGACAGAGAUUAUGAUUGGCUACGGCUCAGCUCUGUCCAUGUCUGUGUUCCUGACCAGUUUUUUGGGAGUGUCUGCGUUCACGUACUGUGGAGUGCCACAACUGGUCAUCAUCCUGAUGGGGAUCCUGUCUGUCGAAUCAGGCAUGGUCCUGUUGGCCUUUACCAAGACCACCUUCAUGAUGUAUAUAGUGUGGGUACCAAUGUUUCUAUCUAUCAUGCCUUUCCCUGUUAUUCGUUCCAUGUUAUCCAAGAUCGUCUCAAAGUCUGAGCAAGGAGCCCUGUUUGCCUGUCUUUCCUUCCUGGAGAGUUUAACUAACAAUAUAUCGGGCGCAGUCUUCAACAGCAUCUAUGCUGCUACGGUGGCAUGGUACCCUGGCUUCGUCUUCAUGUUGGCUGCAGUGCUCUGUGCUAUCCCUCUGUUUAUUUUAGGAGUGGUUGCAAUAAUAGGAGUGAAUGCUGCCGAAGAGGUCACAAAGCCAGAGCCUGUCUACUCAGAGGAGGAGGAGGGUCUUUCUGAAGAUCACAACGACAGGACUGCUAUUCUUACCUGAGCCAUAUCCGCCAAAACCUCAUGAGCACUUUUUACUUUAGUCAUCUACUUUUCAGUGUUUUACCUCAAGGGCUGUUGAUCUCAGUUUUAAUGGACAAUGCAGGUUACAUAUUAUUCUUAUUUUGUUUUUAUUGCUUUGGUUGAUUGUGCUAUUGAAGUUCAAUAUUAUAGGAAAAUGAAGUAGGUAGUUGUAUGCAAACAGGUUCUACCGGAAAAUCAUAUUUUUAAAAUAUGAAAUAUCAACAUUUUGAAUUGGAUCAAAAUGGUAGCAUACAGUACAUAGGAUAUAAAACACGGAUAUUAGAGUGGACCUAUCGUGCUAUAUUU